AUUGACAGUUGACAGAAAUUCACCAGACACUGGGAACAUGUGCAUAUAAAAAUGCCAUUGGUUGAAAAUAGAAGAUGAAUAGACGUUGAUUGUGGAUAUUGUUAAUUAAAUUUGUUGCUUAUAAUUUAACUUAAAGUACAGAAUAAGUUUUCCAGUAAUCGAAUUAUAAUAGACAGUUCAAAUAACACUUGAAUAUAUUAUAAGUUGAUGUCAUUUUAUAAUGUAUCAGUUACUGGUUAUUUUAUGGAAAAACUAUGACCGGCUCUACCAAAAGGAAAUUACGUUUGGAAAAUAAAAAGAAAAAAAUGGCUGCGUUAAUGGAUAUAGUAAAAUUAAAUGAAUAUGAUCGAAGUUUGAAAAGCAAAGAAACAAAACUUGAUGACAAUGUUAGUAUGCACCCACUGAAGGAGCCAAACCCAAAAAGAUUAAAAACAGAAAAUAGUGAAACAGAACUUGAUGCACAAGCACUACCGCCCCCACUGAUAGGAGAAGUAGGUCCGUCCGGUAAACCAAAACUGGAGGGAGAAGAAUUUUUGGAAUUGAAAAAAAUGUUACGUGAGAAAACACAAAAAUUGCGUAACAGUCCUCAAAUAAGAUUACGAGAAUUAGGUUUAAACGCUAGUCUAUCAGUGGAACUAGACGAUCGCAUUCCUCUAUUUUUUUCUGAUCUUCAACAUUUGAUAAUGUAUUCGCAACUAGGACCGCACGCUCCUUAUUCCCCGGCUAGAUGGUUAGCAUUGGACAAAUAUAAUAGGUUACAAAAUACAAAUUUGUUGAUAGUGGAAAAUGUCUCUUUGUAUCAUUUUUCGGCUCACGAAAGUAUGUUUCCGUUUUUGAGUUCGCAGUUUGAGAAUAAAGUUGAAAUGAUAACGCCGAGUUCUUACAGCAGCGAUAUAGUCAAGGAUUUAUCGAUGGUACCUCUAACCGGUACGCAGAUGAAAAAAUUCGUUAAUAAUUUCGGUACAUUGGACGCUGCAGUUUUAAAAAGUGACGAAGUUUUCGAUACAGUUAAAAAUUCCUUUCCUAUAUUGGAUUCCGAUACUGAAGAUACUGGUGUACAGUUGAAAGGUAUUCGUCCGAAUACAGAUAAAUUUUCCAGGACGGAUUUGUUGUUAUCCGGAUGGCAGAUGGUGGAGGAAAAUUUUCCUAUGCCUAUUAAAGGUUUGGCAGAAAGGAAAUUCUCCGGAUAUACAUUGAGUAAGGAACGGUAUAAGAAAGUUACGCCGUUCAGUCCUAUGUACGCCCUAGAUUGCGAAAUGUGUAGGACAUCUACAGGUGAACUGGAAUUGACUCGAAUUUCUUGCGUCAACGAAAAACUAGAAGUUUUUUACGACACCCUCGUAAAACCCGACAACCCCAUCAUUGAUUAUUUGACGAAAUGGUCAGGUAUCAAUAAGCACAUGAUGAAAAACGUAUCGAAAAAAUUGAAAGACGUCCAAGAGGAUUUGAAAAAGUUAUUGCCACCCGACGCCAUCUUGAUAGGACAAUCUUUGGCCAACGAUUUACACGCCUUGAAAAUGAUGCAUCCCUAUAUUAUCGAUACCAGCGUAAUCUACAACAUAACCGGAGAUAGAACGAGAAAAACGAAACUUCAGACUUUGGCUAGGGAAUUUUUGAAGGAAAAAAUCCAAGUCGGUCAACACGGUCAUUGUUCGACGGAAGACAGUUUGGCCUGUAUGAAAUUGGUGAAAUUACGUCUCCGCAAACACCUUUACUACGGCGACGCCGUCAUGGGAGGCGUAAACAACGACAUAAGGACCUACCCCGAGAUGGGUACUGCUCAGUACGCCACCAGCAUGUUGCGGCAGUGCGUGAAAAUCGACAAAAAAGCGAACGUCGUCGGCGUAGACGAAAUCGGGUCGAAAUACAAAUUCUACGUCGACAAAGGCGACGAAAAGAACGUUUCGAACGUGACCUGCAGCUCGGGCAAAUCUAAUCGGGAAGUGAUUGUAACGUAUUUGGAUACCCUGAAGGAUAAUUCUUUGAACGUGGCGCAUCUGCGCGUUUCCAAUAACCAACUGGACGGUAACAAUUGCAAGAUAUUCAAGAACAUAGAUAAAUGGAUAAAGGAAAUUUACGAACGUAGCGUCAGUCCGAGUUUGAUUUUGGUAUUGUUCGGUGGACACAAACAGGCGAACGGCGUUUGUUUUAUGCAGAUCAAAAAGGACGUUUAGAGUUUUGUACAGUUCGUCUAGAAGAUACCCGUGUAUAUAUUUUCUAUGAUUCGUUAUUUUUUUCUUUCCUCGGAAAUUUGAGAAAACUUGUUCGUAUCAUUUUUUUUUUUACAAUAAAUCAACAUUUUUUCACGGUU